GGAAGUCACAACACCACUAAACCAUGCAGGUGCUGAACCAAGGAGCGAACAGAUAGACAGGUAGGAGACAAGAACUGAGAGCAUCCUUGGAGUUCAAAUAGAGGUCUGUCCCCCAGACACUUCAUCCAUUUGUUCUCCUCCAUCACUCAUCAUUAGUAUUCUUCACUUUUGCUUCUCUUGUCCGCCCAACACUCUCUUGCUGUCAACCCAACCAUUCAUUCAUUCCCUCAUUCUUUGAACAUCAUCUUUACUUGUUCCGAGUCACCAUGCAUCCCACCACAGUCUUUGCACCCUUGGCCUUGGUCCUGGCCGGCAAAGCAUGGUCCUCCACACACACCCCAGCUCUUCCAACCACGGGCAAGGCCGAUGCUAUUCCUGUGAGGCUCACAGCUCGUGCCAUGGCAACUCCAGUUCCCGACGACCAGAUGAAGUUGGCUGUUCGUUCGGUGAAUAACGACUACAAGUGCGCCUGGAAUGUCACUUACAAAACCGAGAGUUGCCCUUCAGACAAUACGGCUUGUUUCACUCUCGAGGAGAUGAACUAUUCCUGGCACACCCGCGAAGAGUGUGAUAAAGAUCCCGACUUCAGCGAGAUCUCUGACACCACACCUACAGUCAUCAAAGCGGGCGACGACUACAAAUGCACUUGGAAGCGCACUCGCGACAUCGAGGCUUGCCCUUCAAACAAUGCGGCUUGUUUCAGAACCGGGAAGCUGGAGGAUGUCUACUACAGCCUCGAAGAGUGUGCCAUAGAGCCCGACUUGAACGAGAUCUUUGACACCACACCUACAGUCAUCAAAGCUUCUUCAGCCAAGGCCGUUGUUAUUCCUGUGUCGCUCAAAGCGCGUGCCCUGGCAACUCCCAACCCAUGGGACGACCUUGGCCCGGUGAUGUUCCGCACUGAGAGGCCUGAGACGGCCAUUCAUGAGAUUGAUCCUCGCCAAGUUUCGAUGUCAACGAUGGUGGGGACACAGACAAUGACGAUGGCGGGGACAGGGACAACGACAAUGACGUUUGCCACUACCACCACCUCGGAGGUGGUAGUCGCGACUGUCAUUGAAAUUACCGCCACCACUGAGACCUCUGCCGCCAUGCCCAGCACAACAUCUACCACGCCCAUCACGACCACCACUUCAGCCCCAACUGGCACUCCAAUGACCACAAUCUCGAACCUCACGCCUGGCAUGAACACAGUUCAGGUCCCCAUGCAGUCAGCGGCUCCAGUUGUCGUCAUCAGUGCUCCGUCAGACUCGUACUCAUCAGGCUAUACGACUGAGACUGUUUGGUCCUCCGUGUGGGAGCCCAGAAACACACCCAUCAGUACAGUUACCAGGCCCGUUGCUUAUUACGUCCCUCAAUCCAACCCCACUCAAACACCAGCUUCCACCGGGAAGAGCAGCGGUGCUUCAACAGCGCGAUCAGGGGCUGGUGUCAUUGUCAUGGCAGGUGUCGGUGCGUUGGCCGCGUGCUUCAUGAUGUUUUGAGGGUGAGGAUGUGGUUGGCAGCAGCAGAGUGGAUGAUAAGGAUCUGGAUGACAGGUUCCCGUCUACUCGGUGGACUUGAGACAACCGGUUGCACUUUUGCGAUUGUGCGCGCAUGAUUGUACACACAGCACCAACUUCCUAUAUCCGGGGGUAUCAACAUAUCUAAAG